AUGCCUGUCACACUUGUCCUAGGCGCUCAAUGGGGCGACGAGGGUAAAGGCAAGCUUGUUGAUAUCCUCGCGUCCAAAGCGAGUCUCGUUGCACGCGCGGCCGGCGGCAAUAAUGCUGGACAUACUAUUGUCGUCGACGGCACCACAUAUGACUUCCACAUUCUUCCAUCCGGACUGAUCAACAAGGAUUGUGAGUACAACCUCAUCGGCACCGGCUGCGUCGUACACGUCCCAUCCUUCUUCCGCGAACUAAAGGCCCUAGAGGACAAGGGCUUGAAAGAUGUCCGAAAGCGCAUCUACAUCUCAGACCGCGCACAUGUCUGCUUCGACCUCCACGCCGUUGUGGACGGCAUCUCGGAGGAUCGACACAAGUCGGGAGAUCGGCCAAAAGACAUGAUUGGCACAACACGCAAAGGCAUCGGUCCGUGCUACUCAGACAAGGUUGCUAGAAAGGGUGUGCCAUUCUGGAUGUUGGUCAACGAGUCACAAUCACCUCGAUGGGAGACUCGUCUACGCGAGCUCUACGAAGGCUACAAGUCGACAUAUGGCGAAGAGGCUCUGUCAGGCUACUCUGUGGACAAGGAAAUUGAGAAGCUUCGCGAGAAGCGUGCCGAGCUUCAGCAAUACGUGAUCGAGCAAGCACCUCUGUUGUCUUCAGCUGUCGGCGACAAAGGAGCCUCGUUGAAGGGCCAGGAAGUGUUGAUUGAAGGCGCCAAUGCUCUCUUGCUCGACAUCGACCACGGUACCUACCCAUACGUCACCUCUUCCAACACUGGCCUCGGUGGCGUAUUCACUGGUCUCGCUGGUCUAUCCGGCCAAGCACUCUACGCAAAGGAUAGUAAGAUUGUCGGCGUGGUCAAGGCCUACACCACACGUGUAGGUUCCGGUCCAUUCCCCACCGAGCUCGACGCUGCUAUCAAAGCAGAAGAUGCAGACUAUGGCGAGCGGAUGCAACGCAUAGGUCGCGAAUUCGGCGUCACUACGGGCCGGAAGCGGCGAUGUGGAUGGCUAGACCUGGUCCUGGUCAAGUAUUCAACGCUGAUUAACAACUACUCUCAUAUCAACCUCACGAAGCUCGAUAUCCUUGAUGACUUCGAAGAGGUGCGUGUUGCUACAGCCUAUCGGAUCAAUGGCGCGGAGAUCACCGAUUUCCCAGCUGACUUGGAUGGGCUGGAGAGCGCUGAGAUGGUCUACAAGACAUUUCCUGGAUGGCAGGCGAGAACUACGGGCGCCCGGAAGUGGGAUGAUCUGCCUCAGAACGCGAAAGAGUACGUUGAGUACAUCGAGCGAGAGGUGGGUAAGCCAGUCAAGUGGAUCGGAACAGGCCCGAGGAGAGAGGACAUGAUUGAGCGUUAA